UAAAGCGAGCGUGAGUGAAGAAGUGACGGUUUGCAGCAUGUCCGUCAGUUGGCACGUAAACACGAGCCUGUUGAUUAUCUUUGUUAGCCCAUUGGAACGUUGCCUGCUUUAAUGGACUCAGAUGAACAAGCUGAAGUCUUUCCGGCACAUCCGAGGCCUUCGGGUGCAGACGAAGAAGACGAGGAGGAGGAUGAUGAUGCAAAGAUCUUCAACGCCUGGAUGCAGCGGUACCGGGGUGGACAACAGAAGAACAAACCGGAAGAGGACGCGGACAAUGAAGCGGAUGAAAGAGCUGAAAGCAGGAACAACUCGGAGUCUGCAGUCCGUCUUCAAUCAAAGCGCCGCUCAUCACUGCCGUGUCUGGCGCCCCAGUCCACCAUGCAGCUGGCUCAUGUCCACUCCUGCACCCAGACUCCGGUGACAGCCGGGACCCUCUUGCGGCGAUCGUCCUCUCGCCGACUCCUCCCAUCACAGCAUGAUGCUGCUUCCAAUGCGCCUGUGGCCGAGCGAAGGUCCUCCCUCAUACCCACAAUCCCCGAGUGCAUUAUGCCUGACAGAAAGACUCAGUUCAGGAGACGCAACGCCAGCUCUCUGAGUGAUGCAGACAGCACGUGUCGAAUAUGCCGCAAUACCCUCAACCAAGGUUCCGGUGGCCUCCGAGAGCUGCAGUGCACACACACGUUCCAUCGAGAGUGCAUAGAGGAAUGGUUAUGGAAGAAACAGUUGUGUCCCACAUGUAACAUCCAAGUCUUGACGCCACAGCAGGGGGACUACUGGAGCUCCACCAAGGUCAGUGUGCCUUGAGACCCCCGAGACCACCCCUGAGACCAGACUCACUAAUCACUGAGACACCGGGUGGGUGGGUUGAUAUUAAUAAAUGAAUAACUUCAUUGUUUGUAAUAUCAUUUUGAAUCAAGUUAGACCGAAAGACUGAAUUUUCCUUCCCUGGAGAAUGUGGAGAAGGUUUCCUUGGAUUGACGGGCAAACUAAAGAAGAGACGGAAUAGUGGCCAAGUGGACUUCGGCCCAACUCCUGUGAUGAAUCACUUUAGUGUAACUUUAUUUUAUUUUAUUUUCUUUUCUAACAACAAUCAUUUUGCCCUAGACCAGUGAUUCCCAAAGUGUGGGCCGCGGCACCCUGGUAGGCCGUGGUGGUACUGCAGGUGGGCCAUGAGAGGUCAUAAAAAAUAUGAAAAAAAAUUAUUUUUAUUGUAAAAUAUUUAUUGCACGAUUUGAAAAAAUAUUUAUAGGCCUAAGUAAUAACCUAUUGAGGGUUAUUGACCUGUCACAAUAUUUUAGGAACCUUCUACAGUUUAUGAUUGGAACGUAGCUCUCUGGUCAUCAUGACAGUUUUGAAUGCAGUUAUGAAAAGUAUGAGAAUUAAUACUUGUAUUAAAGUCUUGUGUGUACACCACACAUUAA